AUGAACAGAAAUAUUGUGUAUAAUUUUAUAUUAAUAUUUAUAAUAAUCCAAUGUGUUAAAUCUCAAGACAAUGAUCCUGAUCAACCACCAGAAGAAGAAGAAGAUGACAACUUUGAAGUUUCAGAUCUAGAUGAAAUAAUUGAGGAAGAAACUGCUGGAUUUAUCAAUCCUCAAUACCAACCAGAAUAUCAACAAUUACAAGAAUCUCAAUAUCCAACCCAACCUCAAACUCAACCCCAACAACAUGAUUUUUAUCAAUCUUAUGAUCAAAUUCAACCCCAACAUUAUCCAGAGUAUCAACCAGAACAAUUUGGUCAAUAUCAACCUCAACAAUAUGGACCGUACCAGACACCUCAAUUUCAGACUCAUCAUAUAGCGCAACAACCAUAUGAUCAUCAAGAUUAUGUACCGCCAACUAGUCAACAAGCACCUAUUCAAACAGUAACUCAACAACCACAACAGCAUUAUGUACCUUCAGCACCUCAAACUCAAACACUGACUCAAACCCAAUCAUAUGAUCAAUAUCAACCGUAUGUACCCGUAACUCAAUUUCAAAUAUCUGAAGAACAACAAAUAUCUCAACAACCUCAAACAACCCAGGAACCUCAAUAUCAGUAUUACUUACCGGAAUCCCAAGAUCAAUAUGGAUAUCAACCGCAAUAUGAAACACAAUCUCUUUAUGAUACUGGUCAACAACAAAUAACUCGCCAACCAGAUCAGUAUUAUGAUCAAUAUGAAUCAACACCUCAGGUACCUCAACAACAAUAUUACGAACCACCUCAACCUCAACCAACUCAACAACCACAGUAUCAGUAUUACGGACCUCCUACGCUUUAUCAACCCACUCAACCACAGUAUGAGUAUUAUAUACCACCAACUACUCAACCUCAACAAUCAGAAACUCUGGAAGAGGAUGAUUUCUAUAUGACAGAACAUGAUCAACCAAUACAGGAACCUGAAACGGUACCUGAAACUGAAGCUGAACCACAAACUCAAUCAGAAACGAGCAAGAUCAACAAGUACAACCCCAACAAACUCAAAAAAAAAGAAAGGAAAAAAGAGAAAACAAAACCAAUAUCAGAACAAACCAAACCGACUCAACAACCUCAAAAAAAAGAAAGAAAAAGAAAACGUAUUGGUGCUCCAGGUGAAGAACAAUCAGAAAAACCAAGUGGAUCAGAAGGUGAUCAAAAAGUACCUAGAAGAAGGAGAAGAAGACCUAUGAAACAUUCUUUAGGCAAUGAAAUUAUAAUAAAUAGUGAUCAAUAUACUGUUACUUUUACAUCAAGCGGAUCUUUUAGAUACACAUUCCUCCCAGGCGUAAAAUGCUAUGUAAUAGUAGUUGCUGGCCUAGUUGCAUGGGAGAAAAAUGAGGAAGAUGAGGAGGGUUUUCCCUUAUUCUUUUAUAUUACACAACAAUUGCGUGUAUUGCUUAACUUUGAAAAUUAUUUUAUAAUCAUUGAAAGGAGGAGGAAAAAAUAUCAAUACAUCCGCACUAAAUUUACUUCCGGUAGAUCUAAAUACAAAUAA